AGGUUACCAAGUUGUACAUUUAAUCACCAGUGCAAUUAAGAACCCGGUCAACUAGUUUCGUCGUACCACUAGAAGCAAUGUCAUCGGAAAAAAUCCUGUAUGCUGUUAUUGUGUUCUUGGCAAUCGCCCUCGUGGCUACGGCGACCGCCUUUGCUUGCUACUACAGAGCAAGGCGUCGGAUAGACAUCUCACCCACGGGUGAAGCCUCUGGGGGCAUGCGUGGGUCGCGUCCUCCCCUGCGACUGCCUCCGCGCAAGCCCUCGCCCGUCCCUCGCUCUCUACAGCCGCCCUCCUCUUCGCAACCCCCGAUCUCGCCCUUCCACUCCGCCUCGGAGCGCCCUUUGGGGGCUUCGGCAAAUUCUGGUCAAAAGAACAGGCCUCUCAAGUCAGCGUCGAAACGCCACAAGUCUCAUGGUAGAUCUGCUGACUGCCACGCCCUUGAAGUCUGGCCUGAACCUGAAGAACAGCCUCAGGGUUUGCACACAGACUCUGAACCUCUAUAUUUAGGAAGUCCCGGGAUCGAGGUACAAUAUCCCGACUUGGAUAAAAGCUCUCCUAAUCUGAAGGCUUCACUGGUGAAAACCAAACAGAGUCCUCGAAACGGCUGCCUGUCAGACCUGCGUUCUGAACAUUCAACUGGUAGUUCAGCUAUAAUGGAAUCCAGUAAGGAAAUCAAGUUUAGGAAGGAUAAUGCCGCGGCGGGAAAGAUUCAGAUAAAAACAGCCUUUUCCUUGGAACUCGCAGUCAAAAUGAAGGAGAAAUCAUUAACAGGCAAGAGCUCCAAGAACGUGAAAGAGCAACGCAGGUCCUCUUCGGACCAGGAACCUGAUUACGUGAGCCUGGGCGAAGACUCGAAAGAUAACUGCGGAUCAAACUCAGCCACUCUGCAAAGGCCACCAGGAGGCAGGACCGGAGAGCAGCAGCAGCUCUAUGGCGUGCAAUAUAUGAACGUGAUGGAGAUCUCGGGACCUUACAUGAAUGUCAUUUCUACCAAUUCACUUGCGAAUGGUGGCACCCCGGAGCUGCACAAGGCCGUCACAGAUCCUGAACAUCUCUACGAAUCCCUGGGCGAAGACGAGCAGGAGGAAGGGCGGCCAGGCAAUGCCACUUGGCAAGGCAUGUUAGGGCCACAAACUCUUAGAAGAAUGGGAGAAAGGGCUAGAGAAGACUGGCGGAGCAUGAAGAGGGAUUCACACCCGUAUGCCAGUCCUUGCAGCACCGACGACGAAGACCCAUACGAGGAAAUUAGAGAGAACAUGUGACAGUUCCCUCGAGAUGCGCAUGACAUGUCCUUCAUUGCUCGUGAGCAUUUGGAGCACCUCACAACCAUCCAGCCGUCAUGGAAUUAAGGAAUAUUCCCUGAAAGGUAAAAAAAGCCGAAAGAGAAAGGUCACACUGGAGAGAUGUGGCCUUGUUAACAAAGCAACCUUAUCAGAGCCAAGGGAAGAAUCCGGUGAUCCGUCGAACGACGAUAUAGGUAGCGCAGGAAAUGCCUCCUGGAUGCUGUGAUAGCUCCUUGUUAUCUUCUUUUUUUCAUCUGAUAAACUUAGAACUAAAAAACAUCUUACUGUGUUCUUGAUUAGCUGUUUUCGUUUUUUAUCAUGUAUAUAUAUAUAUCCCUCUGUCUUCAGGAAGUGCCUCCUGGAUGCUGUGAUAGCUGCUCCUUGUUAUCUUCUUUUUUCCUCUGAUAAACUUAGAGCUAAAAAACAUCUUACUGUGUUCUUGAUUAGCUGUUGUCUCUCCUCUCUCUAUUUGUUGAUGUACUUCAUAAGAAAAAAUCAAAAUAUACCUUUCUGUUUCUCAAAUAUAAUUUUUUUUAUAAUGGAUGAUGUUCUCGUUGGAUAUGCAGUAGCAAUAACCAUAAAAAGUAAUCAUCUCUUCAAA